GGGUUUCUUAAAUGCCCCCCUAAUUGCCACCAACAACUGGUUUUCUAAAAAACUAAUAACCCAACCAAAAAAAAUAAACUUCCGGUGGUGAUGGUUCAUCAUUCCGGUCAGACCGAAAGAGAGAGAGAGAGAGAGAGAGAGAGAUUGCCAGACAGACAGACGACGAGUCACCCCUCUAACCAAAAGCAAGAAAAAGCCAACAUUCGUGCUCUUCCACUCGUCCCCUCACCUUCUCUCCCCUCUCACUUUCUCUCUCCUCCUCUCUCUCUCCUCGCUCUUUGUGCCUCCCUUCUCUGAAUCAAAAUCCCAUCGCUUUCACCAAAAAUCACCACGAUCCACAUCGUCAUCACGGGAAUUCUUCCAGUGAUUCAGAGGCAGAGAGAGAGAGAGAGAAAGAUCUCUGGCGAUACGUCCCAGAUCUGUGAGCCAUUGCUGAUCUCUCUGCCAUUUUUCGCUAUGAUUUCGUAUUCAGUGCAUUGAAUUGAAGAAGGACCACCACAUAAUUUACUCUGAUUUCUCGCUUUCCAAUACGAUAAGGAUCGUAUAUUCAAUUCAUUAUUAGUUUUGGCAUUUCUUUCGGAUCCGCACAGUUGUUCCUAAGUAGAGCCUUGAGCGACUCGGAGAUUUUCGUCUUCGUGAAUUUGGGAAUUUUUGUCUCUCCGUUGAAGGCAAAAAGGUCAGAUUUUGAUCCCUUUUUGUGCCCUUUCUCUCCUUCCCAGGUUUCAAUUUGUGUGUACUCUCACAAGAAAGUUGUUUUUCUAGCUAGUUGGAAAGGGAAAUUCCACGGCCUUGUUUGGGUAAUUGAUUAUUGGAGCCUGGUAUUGAUCCAUUGCAAUGCAUCAUAUCAAAUUUGUUUGAGAAAUUGGUUUAGUGAGCAUGAUUGUUUUAGCUGCUCAUUGGGUAUAAUUUGACAGGAGAGAAAAAAAGAAGAUGGAUUUGGAUUGGAUUGGAUGAGAGAAGCUCGAAUUUAUAGUGAGUGGAGGAUUGAAUUAGGAGGAAUUUCGUCAUGGAUGGGAGGAAAACUUAUUUAUGACAUCCUUUGAGCCAUUGUUGUCAUCCUCUGAUCCUUCGUCUGCGCCACCUCCUAAUCCACCUUUGAGAGUUAGCUCAUCAGGUUGUCUCUGUCCUAAUGCAAUAUUAUCUUCCGAUAUCUUCGAGGAUACAGAAAACAACGAAUUUGACUUGAAGGACAGCGAUAAUAUUGUUUCUGUUGUUGAUACAGGUUUUUGUGGGAAAAACACAGAACAUUCUUCUCGUGCAAAACCCAAGUUGUAUUCGGCUGAUUCACAGCUAUAUCAGCAGUUUCCGUUGGAAUGCCCCCCACAGGAGAGGAAGCGCCUAGUAUUGUGGGGUGGUUCAAUGGAGCUUCAGCCAAAUUCUACAAUGAUUGAUAUUUCUAGGUCUUCGUACCAGGUCCAGGAUAAAUCGAAUAAAUCUCAGCAGCUUCGCAAAAGCAUGCAGUUGGACGAUCAUAUGUCACAUGAAGAGAAUCCAAGGUUGAUUUAUGUUAAUGAUCCGAGGAAGACUAAUGAUAAGUAUGAGUUUACUGGGAAUGAGAUCCGAACUAGCAAGUAUACGUUCAUUAAUUUCUUGCCCAAGAAUCUCUUCAUUCAGUUCCACCGGGUUGCUUAUUUGUAUUUCUUAGCUAUUGCUGGUCUCAACCAGCUUCCCCCUCUUGCUGUUUUUGGCAGAACAGUGUCUCUUUUUCCUCUUCUUUUUGUGCUUUGUGUAACUGCUAUCAAAGAUGGUUAUGAGGAUUGGCGAAGACACAGAUCAGAUCGGAAUGAGAAUAAUCGGGAGGCUCUAGUGCUGCAAUUGGGCAAGUUCCAAUCGAAAACUUGGAAAAAUAUACGAGCUGGUGAGGUUUUGAAGAUAUGUGCUGACGAAACGUUUCCUUGUGAUAUGGUUCUGUUGGGGACAAGUGAUCUGAGCGGAAUAGCUUAUAUCCAGACGAUGAAUUUGGAUGGCGAGUCAAACUUGAAGACAAGGUACGCCAGACAAGAAACAACUUCAAUGGUAUUUGAAGGAGGUACAAUUUCAGGGCUUAUCAGAUGUGAACAGCCUAAUAGAAAUAUAUAUGAGUUCACAGCCAACAUGGAGUUUAAUGGGCAGAGGUUUUCCCUCAGCCAAUCCAACAUUGUCUUGCGUGGUUGUCAGCUGAAGAACACAGAGUGGGUUGUUGGUGUAGUGGUCUAUGCUGGUCAGGAAACAAAGGCAAUGUUGAACAGCGCAAUGUCUCCUUCCAAACGAAGCAGGCUCGAAAGUUAUAUGAAUAGGGAAACCUUAUGGUUAUCUAUUUUUCUUUUCAUCAUGUGUCUGGUAGUUGCCCUUGGAAUGGGUCUGUGGCUUCAGCACAACAAGGAUGGGCUUGAUACACUACCUUAUUACAGGAAAAGUUAUUUUGGCGCAGGAAGAUUUGGGAGACCUUACAGAUUUUAUGGGAUUCCUAUGGAGACUUUUUUCUCCUUUUUGAGCUCUAUUAUAGUGUUUCAGAUAAUGAUACCAAUAUCUCUUUAUAUUACAAUGGAGUUGGUUCGGUUGGGACAAUCAUACUUCAUGAUUGGAGACAAGCAUAUGUAUGACAGGAACUCCGACUCGCGGUUUCAGUGCAGAUCCUUGAAUAUAAAUGAGGAUUUGGGCCAAAUUCGUUAUGUAUUUUCAGAUAAGACAGGCACACUUACUGAGAACAAAAUGGAAUUCCGAAGAGCGAGUGUGUAUGGGAAGAAUUAUGGGAGAUCUAUGCUUAUGGAUGAUACGAUGCAGGAUACAGACGACGCAGUAGUAGAAACAGAAGCCCAUGUAGGUAGAAGAUGGAAGCUUAAAUCUGAAAUUGCUGUUGAUUCUGAACUCAUUGCGUUGUUGCAUAAAGACUUGGCUGAAGAUGAAAGGAUUGCUGCACAUGAGUUUUUUCUCACAUUGGCCGCAUGUAACACUGUGAUCCCUAUUCUUACACAAAGUUCAACUUCAAGCGGCACAGUGAGUGAAUUACAUGAAGAUAUAGAAGCUAUUGAUUAUCAGGGUGAGUCUCCAGACGAGCUAGCACUAGUUGCUGCUGCAUCUGCUUAUGGAUAUACUCUUUUUGAGCGGACAUCUGGGCAUAUUGUGAUUGAUGUCAAUGGUGAGAAACUAAGGUUGGAUGUUUUGGGUCUGCAUGAGUUCGAUAGUGUGCGCAAAAGAAUGUCUGUUGUUAUCAGAUUUCCUAACAAUGAUGUAAAGGUGUUAGUGAAAGGUGCUGAUACUUCAAUCUUGAGCAUUUUAGAAAGAGAUCCUACAGGGAAUGAUCACAUAAGGCAUGUGACACAGAGUCAUUUGAAUGAAUAUUCAAAUGAAGGUCUACGCACCCUUGUAGUUGCUGCCAGGGAUCUUACAGAUGCAGAACUUGAGGAGUGGCAAUGCAUGUAUGAAGAUGCAAGCACUUCAUUGACUGACAGAUCUAUGAAACUACGUCAAACGGCAGGUCUUAUUGAAUGCAACUUGAAUCUACUUGGGGCUACUGGGAUUGAGGACAAGCUACAAGAGGGUGUACCAGAAGCCAUUGAGUCCCUCCGGCAAGCAGGAAUCAAGGUCUGGAUUCUAACUGGAGAUAAGCAAGAGACUGCAAUUUCAAUUGGUCUUUCUUGCAAACUCCUGACUUCAGAUAUGCAGCAAAUUAUCAUAAAUGGCACUUCAGAGGAGGAAUGCAGAAAUCUAUUAUCUGCAGCUAAGGCCAAGUUUGGUGUGAAAUCACCAAACUGCAGGAAUUGGAAUUUGAAAUGGAAAAAGAGUGCUGAAAGUCAUUAUCUUGAGAUUCCUGAUGACACGAAGUUGUCUAAUGUGCCACAGUGGCAUGCGGGAAAGGAAGAAGGAACCAUGAGUGCACCGCUUGCACUUAUCAUUGAUGGGAAUAGUCUGGUGUACAUCUUGGAGAAAAAUCUGGAGUCUGAGCUGUUCGACAUUGCGACUUCCUGUAGGGUGGUGAUCUGCUGUCGUGUUGCGCCAUUGCAAAAGGCUGGAGUUGUUGACCUAAUUAAGAGCCGCACUGAUGAUAUGACACUGGCUAUAGGUGAUGGGGCUAAUGAUGUUUCAAUGAUCCAAAUGGCGGAUGUCGGUGUUGGGAUAUGUGGUCAGGAAGGGCGCCAAGCAGUGAUGGCAUCGGAUUUUGCUAUGGGACAGUUUCGGUUUUUGAAAAGAUUACUUUUAGUGCAUGGGCAUUGGAAUUAUCAGCGUGUUGGUUAUCUGGUUCUUUACAACUUCUACCGCAAUGCUGUUUUUGUAUUGAUGCUUUUCUGGUAUAUAUUGUGGACGGCUUUCUCAACGACUUCUGCAUUAACAGAUUGGAGUAGUGUAUUCUAUUCUGUUAUCUAUACCUCAGUACCGACCAUUGUUGUCGGUAUUCUGGACAUGGACUUGAGUCAUAAGACACUACUCCGGUAUCCAAAACUCUAUGGUGCAGGCCAUAGACACGAGAGCUACAAUAUGCGCCUUUUUUGGCUCACAAUGAUUGACACGCUAUGGCAAAGUCUUGUUCUCUUCUAUAUACCUCUAUUCAUUUUUAAGGAGAGCACUGUUGACAUAUGGAGUAUGGGAAGUUUGUGGACGAUUGCAGUUGUUAUCCUAGUUAACAUUCACUUGGCAAUGGACAUUCAGCGGUGGUUGCUACUUACUCAUUGUGCAAUAUGGGGAUCAAUAGCAAUCACAUAUGCCUGUAUGGUGGUAUUGGAUUCUAUACCUGUCUUUCCCAAUUAUGGGACAAUUUUCUAUCUGGCAAAGUCGCCUACAUAUUGGCUCUCCAUCUUGCUUAUAAUUGUAUUAGCACUGCUCCCUCGCUUUGUUUUCAAAGUUAUACAUCAAACUUUUUGGCCUACAGAUAUCCAGAUUAUCAGAGAAUCUGAGAUACUGAGAAAACGACGUAGUUGUUUUGGGUCGAAACGAGAUCAAGGUUCCGGUUAACAUGUAAUAUUAUUUUGUCUUGUCAACUGACCUCAUUUUGAUAUGAUCUCCCCGGAUUUUGUCCAGCCAGUGUAAAAUUUAACGAAUACAAGGGGAAGAGAAGGCGAACUCAAAGCCAAAGAGUGAGGAUUUGUUUGAUGCCGACAAUAGGAUGGUCAAAUCGAGGGGGUGAAAAGGAGGGGGAUAAAGCAUUUUAGAAGUGUUCUUGAGGGUUUGGUUGAUAUUUGUGGGGUUUGACUUGCAAUUUGCUGCCGGAACACGUAAAAAAAAAUAGUCUGGAUUUCAUAUCCUGAUGUUAAUGUCAGGAGUGUCCAGUAGAGAAAAAGCGGAAGUAUAUAAUAGUUUCAUGUAAAGAUCAGGUGUGUCAUUUCUUAAACACUUACAAAAAUGAAAUGCGAAGUGUUCAAAAACAUUAAAAAGAUACUUGUCUAUUUCUUAUCCAAGUGUGUUCAAAAAGAUAAAAAAAAGACUUGUCUAUUUCUUAUCCA